AUGUAUGAUCCCGCUCGAGAUUCAUGGAACUCUGAGGAAGAAGAGACUACUGAAAUUUCAAAUACAGACCAACAAUCAAAAAACUAUGAUGUUAAAGAAUCAGUAAAUGCUGCCGAGUCUUCUAAGCCUGCAAUUGAUAAAUUAGACAACAUAAGCAACCAAAAUGAUUCCAGCAAAAAAGUUGAGCCAUCUGCAAUUAUUGUACAAAACAAAACCACUGGUCAAUCUGAUAGACACGAACUUAGCCCUGAUCAUAAUUCUCCUCCUCGCAAAAAACUGAAACGCCCUUCUACCCGCACUUCUCAAAAAGAAAGAGAAGAGAAGACAAGGGAGCUUCGUGAAAGGCUUGAAAGACACGAAAAAAAAAAUGAUCAUGAUGCAUUUAGCAAUAAUGAGAACAAUUUGAGAACUUUUGGAAGUAAACCUAGAGGAGUUGAUCGAGAAAAAGUAAAAGACCAUUACAAUAAACUUCCAAACCAGGGCCAAGAAAGAAGAAAACAAUCUCCAAUUUUUAAGUUAAGGUCUUUUAAUAAUUGGGUUAAAAGCAUUUUGAUUUACAAAUAUGCCCAACGGGGUGAUGUUGUUCUCGAUAUUGGAUGUGGAAAAGGAGGUGACCUUUGGAAAUGGGAACGCGCAGGAAUUAAAGGGUUUAUUGGAAUAGAUGUGGCGAAUGUCAGUAUUGAAAAUGCUCAAGAUCGUUAUCACAGUAGAAGGCCUAGGUUUUGGGCUGAUUUUUGUGUUGGUGAUGUUUUCGAACAGAAAGUUGAAGAAAUAGUUCAGCCUGAUGCCUUCCCCGUGAGUAUUGUUUCCUGCCAAUUCUGUUUACAUUAUUCUUUUGAAAAUGAGUCUCGAGUUCGUACUUUACUGGAAAAUAUUAGUCGCGUUCUUCUUCCUGGCCAUUACUUUAUUGGGACCAUUCCCAACUCUGAUGUUAUACUUAAGCACAUUCGAAAGCUUGGUCCCAAUGAGCGUAAAUGGGGAAACUCAAUUUAUUCAGUUGAAUUUGAAAGCGACCCUCCUCGAGAUGGGAAAUUUAUUCCUCCAUAUGGUCACAAGUACACGUUUUUCUUAGAAGAUGCUGUUGGAAAUGUUCCAGAGUAUGUUGUCCCUUUUGAAUCCUUUCGUGCAUUAUGUGAGGAAUAUGAUUUAAUUCUUGACUAUAAAAAACCUUUUCUCAAGCUUUUUGAAGAGGAAAGUAGUACACCGCAAGGAAGUGAACUUGCAAGAACUUUUAAAGUUUUUAAGAAAGACAACACUCUUGGAAUAGAUGGAGAUGAAAAAGAAGCAUGCGGAUUUUAUCUUGCAUUUGCAUUUCGAAAAAAAGGAAAAUUUUAA